AUGACCAACAUCUUUGUGGUUUUUCUAUGUCUAUUUAUGGUAGUUUUUGGAUUUGGGAAUGGUUAUGUUGAGAAAGAAGAGAUUGGGAUAUUUGAGUUGAAGAAAGGUGAAGUUUCUUUGAAAGUUACUAAUUGGGGGGCUUCAAUUGUAUCUCUUGUUCUUCCUGAUAAGAAAGGUAAAUUGAAUGAUGUUGUUCUUGGAUAUGAUUCAAUUAAGGAAUACACUAAUGAUUCAACAUACUUUGGAGCUACUGUUGGACGAGUUGCUAAUAGAAUUGGAGGAGCUCAGUUUAAUCUAAAUGGAGAACAUUACAAAUUAGUUGCUAAUGAAGGAAACAAUACACUUCAUGGUGGAUCAAGAGGAUUCAGUGAUGUUAUUUGGAAAGUUAAAAGGUAUCAAAGAGAAGGUCCUAGUCCAAUUGUUACUUUCACUUACCAUAGUUUUGAUGGUGAACAAGGAUUUCCUGGUGACCUAGUUGCAAGUGUGAGCUACAUUCUAACUGGAAAAAAUCAAUUGGUCAUAAUUAUGAAAGCAAAAGCUCUAAACAAACCUACCCCAGUUAAUUUAGCAAACCAUGCAUAUUGGAACAUUGGAGGCCAAAACAGUGGCAACAUUCUCAAUGAAGUGAUACAAAUCUUUGGCUCCAAAAUCACAAUUGUUGAUAGCAAACUAAUUCCCACAGGAAAAUUUGCUUAUGUGAAAGGAACAGCUUAUGAUUUUCUCAAACCACAGACUAUUGGAAGCAGAAUCAACCAACUAGCUGAAACUAAGGGUUAUGACAUUAACUAUGUGUUGGAUGGUGAGAAAGUUUUAUACUGUCAAGGAUUUCCUGAUUCAGUUAAUCAUCCUGAUUUUCCUUCAACUAUUGUGACCAAAGAAAAGGCUUAUAAGCAUUAUAUGCUUUUUAAGUUUUCAACCAAAUCUCAUUAG